UGGGAAUUCAACAAUAGCAGUACCAAAUAUUGUGUUGUGUGCGAUUGUUUAACGCGAUUUUGAUAGUUUUCGUUGAUGUUACCUGAUAAAAAGUGACUUUUUGUAUAGAGACCAUGCUUACCGAUAUGACGCCCACAGCGGGGCAAUUUUAUGGUGCUCAGAUACCGGCCAUGACUAUGAACGUUAAAACAGCUGAUCAUCCCAGCCUCAGAGGGACGCCCCUUGCAAUGCUGGCGGCCCAGUGCAAUAAACUCUCAAGCAAAUCCCCGCCUCCCCUAGCCGACGCAGCAGUCGGUAAAGGCUUUCACCCGUGGAAAAAGAGCCCGCAAGGCGCGCCUUCACCUGGUGGUACCUGCGUAUCAUCUAGUAGUUCAUUACCUAUUCAAAGGUCAUCCGCAUCCAACCCAACGUACUCUAGAUCCGUAAUGACGUCCUGUGCAAGUGUUCCAACUACUGCUUCCUAUGGAAGCGACUUGUACUUUCCAGGAGCAACCAGUCAACCUGCAGUAGCUGAUAACUCACAUGUCCAUCACCAUCAGAGCUCAAUAUUAGGAAAAGUAGAAGGAGCUGCUACUGCUCACCACGCAGCCCUAGGUUCCGUAUACUCAAGACAUCCGUACGAAACCUGGCCCUUUAAUACAAUGUCCAGCGCGACACAUCACACAGGAAUCAAAAGCGAUUCAGUAGCAUCAGCAAAUGCUUGGUGGGAUGUUCAUUCCACAGCAGGAAGUUGGUUAGAUAUGAGCGGAGCAGCAGGUAUGCACGCUCAAAUGGCUGCUGCAAACUACUCAACAGAUUAUUCUAGUUUAACUCAUUCCUUAGCUGCCUCCAAUCACCUGCUUUCUUCUGGUCAACAUUUACUACAAGAUACUUAUAAAUCCAUGUUGCCAGGUGCUCAGAGUGUAGGAGCUUCUUUUGGAUUGCACGCAGGUGGAUCUACGCCUUCUCCAACAGGUGGUUCGGGUGGUCUACCCCCUCAAGUACCUUCACCUCGAUCACAAAGAAGGUAUACUGGUAGAGCAACUUGCGACUGUCCCAACUGCCAAGAAGCUGAGAGGCUUGGUCCUGCUGGGGUUCAUCUAAGAAAAAAGAACAUACACAGUUGUCACAUACCAGGUUGUGGAAAAGUCUAUGGGAAAACUUCACAUUUAAAGGCUCAUCUAAGGUGGCAUACUGGCGAGAGACCAUUCGUUUGUAAUUGGUUAUUCUGUGGUAAAAGAUUCACUAGGUCCGACGAGCUUCAAAGGCACUUACGCACUCAUACUGGAGAAAAGAGGUUCGCUUGUCCAGUUUGCAACAAACGAUUCAUGAGGUCAGACCACCUAGCUAAACACGUUAAAACUCACAACGGUAAUGGUAAAAAGGGCAGUUCAGAUAGUUGUAGUGACUCAGAAGAGAAUAGUCAAAGUGACUUAACGAAUAAUGUCAAUUCACCAGCUUCGAUAAAUCAAACACCCCCUCCGUCUAAUAUGGGACUGGAUAUGGUAACGGGGUUAGACGUCAAACCUCCAGGGCUAGUUUGAGGUCGGUGGGGCCCUACGCUGCUGUAUCCCAGCUAUCCCCGCUAGCGUGCGGCCCCCCAAAAAGUGAUACUUGUUGUUAAAAGUUUUGUAUAUAAAAAUAUGUGAAUGGAUGAACAUUUUUGGUAUAGUAGCAGAGUUAUAUUACAAUUUUGUAUUUGAUCUUGUUUUUAUUUCACUUAGCCAACAGUUGUAUAAUUUGUUGGAUUUUCCAGUUUAUCAUGGCACAGUAGUCUGAAGCAUAACUGAAUAUGUGAUGUUAAAAAUGUCUAAAUUCAAAAGUCUAAAUUUUGAAUGUUAACUAGUGGCGAAGAAUAUUUUAUUAAAUAUAAAUAAAAAUCAUUUCGGUUAUUUUUACUUAUAUUUAAGCUUAAUGGUAAAAGAAUUGGAAUAGAAUAAGAAAGAAAUAGAUUAAGAAGAGACAAUUUAGAAUCUAGUUAUAAGCAAAAUAAUUUCUUAUCCAUAAUAAAAAAGUAUUUUUGGCAAAUAAAGUAGGUACACAGUGUAGUAUAACUCUGUCAUUAUUUUUAUUAUUAUAACGUGCUUAUGUUAUUUGUAUAUAUUAUAUAUAUAAUUAUGUGUAAGUUAAUGGUGAAUGAGAAACGUGUUUUAUGAAUGUUGUCUACAUAUCAAAACAUUUUUUUAAUUUGUUCUAUAUUAUAUUGUCUAAAAAAAUAAUUAAUUGUGUAACUUGUUUAAAUUCUGGUUCUAUUUAUUAACACACAAAUGUUUCUCUUUGCCAAGAGUCUGUAUUUUCUGUAAAUUGUAACUAUAUCUGUAAAUUAUUGUCUAAGAGCUUUUGUGAACACGUUGAGUAUAAAAAUAUAAUUCUAAAUCUGG